UUCUUGUCUCGUUUCCUCAAUCAUCUCGUCGCCUACUUUGCUAUCGUUCAUUCAACUGGACGGCUGUCUGUCUCCCUUCAUCUUUACCACCCACCCACCAGGAAACAUCUCAUAAUCAACGGUUUCACCCAACUAUAGCCUUUGUUUUUGGGAGACAAGAAAGUUCGUCCAGUCCUUGCUGAAAGAUAUCCUCCCACCAGUGGUCUUUGCAGACUCGCGCUGGAUUACCUCAAUGACAAAAAGCGCGAAGUACGCGUUGCAAUGUGUUGCUGCUCUGACGCCUAGCUUCAUUUACUCUUCUUCAACGUCUAUCUCGUUCUGGUCAUAAGGCUUAAAGCCCACUCAUUCGCUUCCAGUGUAGCUUGGCCCAUCCACGAUGCGGAGACGCGGACAAGACCGUUGCCAUGAACCAAGAAACACCCAACCGAUCAAUGUAUCCAGGUUUUGAUCCUGUCUCUCUUCCAGCAGCUCUCGUCAAUACUAACUAAUCACCUCUCAUUCCCCAAGCAAUCAAUGGAUUGUGCCUCUAACCCGGACCCUUAUCACCUGCACAUCGUCACUCAUCAAGAGAGACCAAUUGAAAGUAGACAGGACCGAGUGGCUCGGCUCACUCGAUCUGCUGUCAGCCAUAUAGUAUGUAACGUAGACAUAUGGACAUAUGGACAACCACCAAGAGAACCCCAAACUCCUCCAACUCGCUUGCCCCUCGGCCCUCGUGCGGCUCCUCCAGAGUACACGCGCAUGUCUCGCUGAUGUGUCCGUACCUGAAGCCAUGCCGCUUUCGCUUCGGCCUUGGAUCCCGUCUGCGGGCCAUCUCACACGCCCAACUCCAACUUGUACCGCCGCUCCUCCGUGGACACCGUUUUCACGACGUCUUAAUCAAGUAGGAUCCCGUCUCUUAGAUUAAACAUGCCCAGCACGCCACUUUCGAGGCCCGUCCAUCUCGGCCCACGAAGCCGCUCUUCCAUCUCCAAGCUGUGCCCAGCCGCAACUCGACCGGGGCGAUGCCCAGUCCCUUCCGACCCCUCAUGGCAACCCUCCGUCGCGUUCCCCACAUCCAGCGCGCCCUCAUGACCAAAACGCGCUCUUCCGUUCACGGCUAAUAUGGAGCGUCCGCUUCCGAGAUCACUUACACUCCGUUACAUCCAACUCGCCUGGCCGGCCGCAUACUUUGGUUGGCGGACUUUCCUCCUCGACGCCAACAUGUUUGCCUCCACGCUCCCAUGCCCAGACGUUGUUUCUAACCUUGGUUCGACAUGCCCGUCAGCCACCGCCCCCGUUCCAUGGUUCCCUACCCCGUGUUGCUUUGAAAGCUUCGGAUGUUGAUCCCACAACUCCAUACCACCCCGCGGGCAACGACAGCUCCCUCUGCGCUUGUCUCGAAGGAGUAACCAAGGGCAUCAGAAUGCCGAACAUUUGCCCCCCGAACAUCGUGGAGCAACGGUGGUCGCUUUGCCCGGCAUGAGCCCAGACGUCGACCAUCCCGCCGAUCCGAAAAGGCCAAGCGGCGACGUCCAAGGAGCCUUGAUGUUUGGUCCCAGAUGAAAACGAUGAUAAAAAGGCGCCGGCUCCCUGACUGUUCCACAACCUUUUGGCCCUGGAUUCCAUGAACAACACACUUCCUGCCUUGCAGUAGUCUUUCAAGCCGUUUCAACAAGGUUCAGAACCGAAGCAAUAAUGGCUGCCCGCUCGCUUCUUGCCGCUGCCCUCCUGGGCACUGCCGUCUUCGCCGUCCCCAUUGAGGAGCGACAGGCCUGCGGAUCUGUCUGGUCCCAGUGCGGUGGCCAAAACUGGGCCGGCCCCUUCUGCUGCGUUGCCGGCAGCACUUGUGUCGUCGGCAACCCGUUCUACAGCCAGUGUCUCCCAGGCAGCGCCGCUCCCUCGUCCAGCUCGGCCGUCGCCUCGUCGACGACCGUUCGCUCGAGCUCCACCCCCGUCGUCAGCCCGUCUCGCACCUCGACGACCGGGGGCCCCGGCCCCGUCACGACCACCGCCUCCACCUCCGUCGGCACUGGUCCCAGCACCACUCGCCCUCCCGUCUCCGGCGGUGCCACCUACACCGGCAACCCCUUCGUCGGCGUCGACCUUUGGGCCAACUCCUACUACGCCUCCGAGAUCAGCACUCUGGCCAUCCCGUCCCUGAGCCCUGCCCUGGCCACGGCCGCCGCCAAGGUCGCCAAGGUGCCGACCUUUAUGUGGAUGGAUACCCGUGCCAAGGUCCCCUUGGUCGAUAGCACUCUGGCCGACAUCCGCCGUGCCAACCAGGCUGGUGGCAACUACGCCGGUGAGUUCGUCGUCUACGACCUCCCCGACCGCGACUGCGCCGCCGCCGCCUCCAACGGGGAGUUCGCCAUCGCCGACGGCGGUGUUGCCAAGUACAAGGAGUACAUCGACGCCAUCCGCGCCAUGAUCAUCAAGUACUCCGACAUUCGCAUCCUCCUCGUCAUUGAGCCCGACUCCCUGGCCAACCUCGUCACCAACUUGAACGUUCCCAAGUGCGCUGGCGCCCAGGCUGCCUACCUCGAGUGCACCAACUACGCCGUGACCCAGCUCAACCUCCCCAACGUCGCCAUGUACCUCGACGCCGGCCACGCAGGAUGGCUCGGCUGGACGGCAAACCUGGGGCCUUCUGCUCAGAUGUAUGCCAAGGUCUUCAAGGAUGCCGGCCGCCCCAAGUCUCUUCGUGGUCUCGUUACCAACGUGUCCAACUACAACGCCUGGAGCCUCAGCUCUCCUCCUUCUUACACCCAAGGCAACUCCAACUUCGACGAGAAGCGCUACAUCGAGGCCCUCGCUCCCCUCCUCUCCGCACAGGGCUGGGACGCCCAGUUCAUCGUCGAUCAGGGCCGCUCCGGCAAGCAGCCGACCGGCCAGGAGGCGUGGGGUGACUGGUGCAACGCCAUCGGCACCGGCUUCGGCCCGCGGCCGUCCACCAACACGGGCUCGUCGCUCGUCGACGCCUUCGUCUGGGUCAAGCCCGGCGGCGAGAGCGACGGCACCUCCAACACCUCGGCCGUCCGCUACGACCACAACUGCGGCAAGAACGACGCCCUCAAGCCCGCCCCCGAGGCCGGCACGUGGUUCCAGGCCUACUUUGAGCAGCUGCUCAAGAACGCCAACCCGGCCUUCUAAGGGCGCACUGCGCGUGGGCUGUCAAGAGGUCCAUCUCUCUCUGCCGAGAUGGCCAUGGGCCUAGACCGGAAAGAUCCAUUACAUUCGUGUACAUAGUUUGCAUAUUCUUAGGGACGAAGUGUAUAUACAACCGUUGUCGUC